AUGACUGCAGCAGCAGCACAUAUUGCUCGAACAGUUGUUGGUAUUAUAGGAAAUAUCAUCUCAGGCUUCUUGUUCUUGUCACCAGUGCCAACUUUUUAUGGGAUAUGGAAGAAAGGAUCAGUUGAGCAAUUUUCAGCAGCACCAUACUUAGCAACACUUGUGAACUGCAUGGUGUGGACACUAUAUGGUCUACCCAUGGUGAACCCGGACAACGUGCUAGUGCUGACCAUCAAUGGCUCGGGUUCUGUGGUCGAGAUUGUAUAUGUCACGCUCUUCAUAAUUUACUCUAACCGCAACAAAAGGCUCAAGGUUGUUAUGUGGUUAGUUGUUGAACUCCUUUUCAUCGCAGUUCUUGCGUUCGUCGUAUUGAAUCUUGUUCACUCUGCAAAGAAACGAUCGGCCAUCGUUGGUACCACCUGCAUUGUUUUCAACAUUAUGAUGUAUGCUGCACCUUUAGCUGUCAUGAAAUUGGUGAUCGUGACUAAAAGCGUCGAAUACAUGCCACUUUCCAUUUCGCUUGCUUCUUUUGGAAACGGCGUCGCUUGGACCACUUAUGCUCUUAUCCAAUUUGACGCAUUCAUCACUGUGCCAAAUGGGAUUGGGACAGUGUUUUCUGUGGUUCAGCUGAUUCUAUAUGCAACCUAUUACAAAUCGACAAAGAUGCAGAUUGCUGAAAGAAAAGCCAACAAAACAGAGGUGGACCUGUCGCAGGUUGUGGUUGGCAAUGGUGAACAAAGGUCCAAGACAAAUUAUUGA